GGCCCCAAGGCGGACGGACUACCCACACCGACCGGCGCCACUCGCUCGCUCGCUCGCUCGCGUGGCGUCCGAAUCUGUCUUGCAUGCUCAAAUAAAUAAUUAAAUAACCUGGGGGAGCCUCUCCGAUCUGCUCGGGUCCCUGAUCAUCACUCCUCCUUUGACCAUCCAUUGGAAGUGCUCCCCUCCUCCCUUCUUCCUCCUCCCUCCCUCCCCUCGAACCACGACAAUUCAUCAUGCGUGGCUUCCAACUCUCCGCCCUGUCCGCCCUCGCGGCGUGGGCCACCACCGCGUCUGCUGCGCCCAAGGCCCCCCGUGGAUUGGAGCACGGUUCCUGCGUCCCUGGCCUGAAUGGCUUGGGCGUAAGGCUGUCUGCCGAUUCCGAGAUCUACUGCCCUGACGCGGCCGAGUUUGACGACAUGACCCUGCGGUGGUCUGCUCUCGGUCUGCCCACGGUCCGCGCGGUCGUUGUGCCCGCCACCGAGAAGGACGUCUCCGAGACGGUCAAGUAUGCCAACCAGCACGACGUGCCCUUCCUGGCGUACAAUGGCUUCCACGGCGCCACCGUCACCUUGGAGAAGAUGCAGAACGGCCUCUCUAUCAACCUGGCCAAGCUGGCCGGCGUCAAGGUUUCGGCGGACGGCACGACGGCUGAGAUCCAGGGCGGCACCAACUCCAAGGUCGUCACCGACUCCCUCUGGGCCGCCGGCAAGCAGACGGUGACAGGCACCUGCGAGUGUGUCAGCUACAUGGGCCCUGCCCUUGGCGGCGGCCACGGCUGGCUGCAGGGCCACCACGGUCUGCUCGCGGACCAGUGGGUGUCCAUGAACGUCGUCCUGGCCGACGGCAGCAUCCAGACCAUUGACAACGACCACGAGCUCAUGUGGGCCAUGAAGGGUGCCGGGCAUAACUUUGGCAUCGUCACCUCGGUCACGACAAAGGUCUACGACAUUGCGCACAGCAACUGGGCCAUUGAGACCUUUACCUUUAGCGGCGACCAGGUCGAGGCUGUCUACACGGCCGCCAACACCCACCUCCUCGACGGCGGCGACCAGCCCGUCGACGUGAUCCACUGGUCCUACUGGCUCAACAACCCGGACGCGGACCCCGUCAACCCCGUCAUCAUCUUCUACCUCAUCCAGGAGGGCGUCGACGCCAUUGACGACAAGUACGCCCAGCCCCUGCGUGACAUUGGCCCCAUUAGCGACGAGCCCCUGUCCGGCACGUACCUCAACCUCUCCGCCUGGACCGGCAUCGCCCUCGACUCGCCGCCCUGCCAGAAGCUCGGCACCGCCAACCCGCGCUUCCCCAUCUACCUCGACACCUUUGACGUGCCCGCCAUGAAGGAGGUCUACGACCAGUACGCGGCCGCCGUCGGUGGUGACUCGCAGUUUGGCCACUCCAUCUUCAUGUUCGAGGCCUACUCCAUGCAGGGCGUCAAGGCCGUCGACAGCGCCUCGACCGCCUUUGCCUUCCGUGGCGAGAACGUCCUGGCCGCGCCGCUCAUCAUCUACCAGCCCGAUGGCCCCGCGCUGGACCAGCAGGUCGAGGAUCUGGGCAACCAGCUGCGCGAGACGCUGCACAAGGCUACUGGCCGUGAUGAGUACCGCGCCUACGUCAACUACGCGUACGGCAAUGAGGACAACAAGAACUUGUAUGGCGCCGAGUCGUGGAGGCAGUGCAAGCUCCAGGCGCUGAAGAAGACGUAUGAUCCGGAGAGCAAGUUCAGCUUCUACAACCCUGUCAACGUAUGAGGGGUGGUACAUGGACAUUUAUAGACUAGAUUCCCAAUGAAACAGUAUUUUUUCGAAUGAAGCGAUCUGAUCAGAAAGUGUGUGCUGUAUCCACUGACGCAUCGUGAUCUCCCUCUCUUGCUCUCUUGUCAUGUGUCUGCUGCAGACCCGCGAGCUCAAAGAUUAGGAUGAGUCGACACACCAGCACCGAGACUAGAUACCGCAGGACAAUCACCGCCGCGUCGGUCGUCAUGGUGAACAUGAGCGACGAGUAGAUCAGGAUACCCGUCAGGAGGUGCAGGAAGCCCAGCACGGCCGACACCCAGUGCCAGAAGACGAGCGAGGCCGACCUCGUCAGGGCGCCGGGCGGCACGGGCUCCUGGCCCAGACAGAGACGGCCCUCGGAUCGAAACGUGGCGAG